AAAACAUGGCGGAAUGUUAAGGGCCUCCUUUUCAUGGCUAUACAUGAAAACUACCAGAAAAGUUAUUAACUUGAGAGAUGUUUCUGACUUGCAGGAUUAUUCGAUACAAGGCAUUGCAUGGAACUCAUAUCAGAGCAAAAACAUGCUCACCGAAUUUGAUAUUCUAAUAUAAAAGGAUGAACUUCUAUAUCAUUUAUUUAAAGUGUUAAAAUGGCGAGCUUUCUUUGUUGCUUCAGGAGGUUCAACAUGAUUGGUUUAAAGUAUGCAAGAACUGCAAACAUCAGCAAAAGUAUGCCUCCUAUAGAAACAUCUAAAGAGAUUAUUACCCCAAAACAAAGUCAUGUCAUCAUUGUGGAAGGCAAUAUUGGAGUUGGAAAAACAACUUUAACAUGCCAGCUGGGUAGAAAAAUGAAUUACAGGAUUUUUCUUGAACCAACAUACAAAAAUCCAUAUUUGGCAAAGUUCUAUGAAGAGCCGAAGAAAUAUGCAUUAAAGAUGCAGUUAUGGUUAUUUAGAAAAAGAUGUAUGAUGUAUUUAAGAGCUGUUAAACAUGCAGUAAAGUCAGGUCAAGGUGUCUUGCUUGAUCGUUCAUUAUUCAGUGAUCAAGUUUUUGCAACAGUAAGCCAUGAAGAUGGCAAUAUAUCUAAAGAAGGUUAUGAUCGUUACUGCAAAUUAAGAAGUCAAGUGCUAAAAUUAGUUCCACCUCCAGAUGUUGUAGUUUAUCUUGAUGCUACUCCUCUUACAUGCCAUGAGAGGAUCAGCAAAAGAGGAAGGGGUUGUGAGAGUGGUAUCCCAAUAAAGUAUUUAUUAGAACUUCAAAAAAACUAUGGAAAUUUGUUGAACGAAUUGCAAAACCACGGUAGUAAGAUCAUGAAAUAUGAUUGGUCAGAGUUUGGUUAUUCGUUCGAGGUUGAUGAAGACAUAAAAAAUCUGAAAACGUGUUUACAGUCAAAGGAAGGGAAAUACGAGGAAAUCCACCGAGAAAUAUUGGAUAUUUUUAACACGGAUGCGAACAUGUGUGGAGAAGAAUUUAGCGAGGAAGAAAUCGAUGAUGACGAGUUAACAGAUCAAGAAUUCAAAUCACAUAGCGUGGAGAACAACGAGCAAUUUAGGAAGAGUUGAAUCUUGUAAUUCCUGGAAUAUCGCCAGAAUCAAUAUGCAUAUGCUCCGAAACUCUAUAAAAAAUUUGACCUGCCAGCAGACUCGUUAAAUACGCAUAUUAAUUUUUAUUAGAAAAGAUCGCGUCCGAUCAAAAUACUUCCGGAAUUAUUUUUAAGAUGUGACUUGAAUUAUUCCAGUUAAACUGUGAAAUUAUGAAAGAAUCUAGAGCGCAAUUAAAACGAGAGAGAAACGGUAAAAAUAACAUUGCCUUCGAAUUUUUGCUGCUUCGUAGAGACUUAAGUAAACUCCGCAGUUCACUGGUUUCCAGGCCAUAUCUACCUCAUUGGGCAAUUUUGCUCUUCAUGUUUGUAAAUAAAUUGCAUGCCAUGGAUAGACACUGGAAUAUUUUCAUGAUGUGAUGUGAAUAUUUUAAUGUAUACAUUCGUUUUAUUAAAGUUUUCAAAAUA